GGGUCGUCACAGUGGUAUUGGAAAGCGCAAAGGUACAGCCAAUGCACGUAUGCCAUCCAAAUUCAUAUGGAUGCAACGUCAACGUGUUUUGCGUCGCCUGUUGAAAAAAUACCGCGACAACCGCAAAAUCGAUCGUCAUUUGUACCGCGAAUUGUACAUGAAGUGCAAGGGCAACGUGUUCAAGAACAAGCGUGUGCUGAUGGAAUACGUUCACAAGAAGAAGGGCGAAAAGCAACGCGCAAAGGUGUUGAACGAUCAAGCUGAAGCCCGUCGUAAGAAGGUGCGUGAAGCACGUAACCGACGCGCAGAACGAAUUGCCGUCAAAAAGCAAGAGCUCCAACAAAUCCACGACGAAGAGGACAAAUUGGCCGCAGCCGCUGCUGAUAAAAAUUAAGUCAUUUUCAAUGGCAACCAUCUCAAACCUUUUUUUGUUUGACGAUAAAGCGAUUAACGCCACAAUCUAGUGAAGUCAACUCAAAAACAAGUUUUUGCCCAUUUCAUAAAUAACAUAAAUCAGUUUGUUGCCUUAAUCAUUUUCAUUUUUCCAUUGUAGCACAUAUAUUCAAGUGUAAAACGUAAAAAAAAUCAUCCGUUUGUUCGUCUUUGAAAACUGAAUUACUGUUCAAUUCCAAACAUUCAUAUUUUCUAUCCGACAAAAAAAUCCGCAAAUUAAAUUCAAUAUAAAACGACAAAAAAUGUAUCAAAAAUGAAAUGAUCAACGCCAAUAAAAAUAUCAAUAAAAAAAUGAAUGGAAUAUUACCAAUCGAAAUUUCAAAUACGAUUUGCUUUUCAAAUUAGCGCGCGAACUACAACUCUAUUACGUUCAGAUGCUGUCAAAUUGUCAAACGGAUGACAGAUGGUUUUGGCGCUCGCGUUCACAGCGAACAAGCAUCGUGUGUUCAUUUCACAGGAAGACAGCAUAGCGGUUUGCACUGAGCAUCAAUAUACCACAGGAAAAGUGUUUCGUUGUUUGGAAGAGAAACAAAAACAUCAAAAAGUAUCAAAGUAAGAAAAUGGCUGCACCAGACUCGGUAUCGAUUGUAUCGCAAGUGAGUUUCCGAUUGAAAGUGCAAAAUGUAAGUCAGCUGAAAGAGGUUACUUCGCCGAAAUUUGUGAUUCAAGACAUCCCAUGGUAUGUCCGUCUUACAAAAACCGUCGAAGAGGCUGAAGAAUUUCUGGCGAUUUAUUUGUGUUGUGAAAACAAAGACAAAUCACCGGAAUGGACCCAACCAGCGGCUGCUUCAUUCAAAUUGUUGCCGUUCAAUGGUAAUUCGACCGCAAAGGAAUAUCAUUUGGAGCCGAAUGUUUUCGAUCGAAUUAUGACCUCAAGUGGUUGUUCAUCGAUUUGUUGGGCUGAUUUGUUCGAUGCGGCAAACCAUUAUGUGAAAAAUGAUGCCAUCGAUUUAGAGGUGAGCAUCACAGUAGCCGAUCCAAACGAUGAAUACAAAAGUGAUUCGAUUUUUGAUGCUAUCGACAAUUGUUGUGACAGCGGUCGAGUUGGUACAUUUCGAUUGACGGUGAACAAUAUCGAAAAUCUCAUGGCUAUUCGAUCAUCACAGUUCAUGCUUCGCGAUGUGCCAUGGUAUUUAACCGUUUUCAAACAUUCGUCGCAUCUUGGACUGCGUUUGGAUGCCAGAGAUUCAUCGGACGAAAUCAUUUGCAAUGUGAGCGCAUCGGUUAAAAUCAGUUCGUUGAACGAACAAUUCCAACGAGUCCAGAAAAUUGAGGCCAAACAAGUUCAACGCAAAGAUGGUUUGGUUAUGGAACGACUGAUUACAUGGGACGAUUUGAUGCGGCCACAAAAUGGCCACAUUGACAAUGGUUCGGUUACAUUGGAAAUCGAAAUCAAUGCAGAAAGGCGACUUGGCGUGGCAACGCCAUGUGCACGAAAACGACAAAUAUCGAAUGAGUCGGCUCAAAUCAAAAUGCCACGAAUGGAGUGCCCGAUUUGUAAUGAUGCCAUCGAAAUUCACAACAUAUCGUUCAUUCCGUGUGGACACACGUUUUGUACACCAUGCAUCACGAAUUCAGUCCGAGAUCGAAAGGCUUGUCCCAUUGUGGCGUGCAGCGCUAAAGUCCAACCGAGACAAGUGAAACUGCUUCGUUUGCCAAUUGUGUCCAAUUCCGAGUGACGUUUGGAGCUAAAAAUCAAAUAAGAAUCCAGCGAAUACCGAAGUGACGACCAUUCAACCAAUUGAAACGCGUUAAACCAACAAAAAUGCAUGCAAAAAGGAGUUUAAUCGUUUUGUAACGUGAGUUGAAUUAGAUAGAAACAACGAAAGAAACCAAACAGAAAUUGUGUUUAGUUAAAUGAAUAUUUGUGUAUGUUUUCAUAUCAAAAUAACAAGAGAGCUAGGUUUUUCCUUGACCAUUCGAAUUUAAGGUCAUUUUGACAUAGAAUUUAAAUUGUUGAAAAGAUUUUGUUGACAAACCGUGCUUUGUAAUUAUACAAACAGACAGUCUGAAGUGAAAGAUUUGUAAAAAAAAAUUGUAUCAAACAUAAAUUGCUAAAGCAAUUUCUAAGUAUUUAUCAUAUUGAAACGAGUAAGCUUGAUUAUUUGUUAAGCGAGUUAUAAAUAAGUGUGUUCAAUGUUCAAAACUGACGUGUUAUACCGAAAUUGUUGUUUGAAACCAAAUGACUAGAGACAUUUUCAUGAAAAUUUGUAUCAACUACAAUCGAACGACAUGCAAUUCAUUGAAUUAAUUCAGUAUUUUUGAACAUUAGUUCGGAUUUGGUAUUUUCAUCUGGAUCAGCGACUUCAAUCGUUAUAUUCAAAACGACAACAACUUCAAUGCCACAUGCGACCAAUCUGCCGGCUUCUCUAUCUUCGCGCAGUAUAAAUCGACGCUUAGGCUUUCUUUCGCGUCACUAACCUUCUUGCAAACUUUUGGAAGUCGUUGAACCAUCGAAUGAAUAAUGAAUUUACCAGCAUAAUCACAAAAACAUAGCGUCAUUUUUACAUAAAUCAUAAUUUAUUGUAUUUAUACAGAUCAAAAUUCGAAAUUAAAUGUGUAAAUGUAAUAUUAUUGCAGAAAAUAAAUUGCAUAAACAAUUUGCAUUGUUGUAAAUUCUCAAAAA